AUGUUAUUGUCACUUGGAUUUUCUAUUAUUUAUGUUCUUAUGGAUCGUCAAUAUCGUAGUGAUGAACGUUUUCCUUUAAUUGAUUUAAUUAUUAUAUUAAUCUGGUCUAUUUUUUGGAUUGCUGGAAGUUCAGCAUGGGCCAAAGGUAUAUCAAAUAUUCGUACGCAAACUAGUUGGGAAAGUAUAGCUAAACGUUCAACGGUCUGUCCAGAUAUGACACAAUGUCCAGAAAAUUAUUCUGGUACUUAUGCAAAUAUAAUCGUAUCUGUUAUAUUUGGCUUUUUAAAUUUUAUACUUUGGGUUGGUAGUGGUUGGUUUGUUUAUAAAGAAACAAAAUUUUUUACAAAUCGUACAGCACAACAGCAACAACAACAAGAACAACAAUCACCAACAGGUCAACCCAGUAAUUUUUCUAAUAUUGGUUCACCGACUAUGCAACAACAAUCACCAUUUCGAUAA